UUUUACAAAGUUCAUGUUUUAUGUUUCUUGCUUCAAUUCUGUGUUGCAAUCUGCAUUUUGUGUUGUUUGAGCAUGUUAGCAUUUUGUAUCUGCGUUGUGGGCAGGAAUCUACAGGUAGAAAGGAAUGCCAUUUUAAUGAACUCCUUUGUUCCUUAAAUUUCUUGUUGUCGGCUACAUGGGAUCUUGUUCUUUCUCUCAUGGAGAAUCUGAGCUAGUUUUUGGACAAUUUGUUGUAUGUACCUGUAUUGAAAAACAACAAUACAAUAUGGGCCGUGGAGUUAGUGCUGGUGGGGGACAAAGUUCUUUGGGAUACCUAUUUGGUAAUGGUGAGACUGCUAACAAUUCUCCAGCUGCUAAAAGUGUGGGACAAGCUGCAAACAAUAGCCCUUCUCCAAAACCUGUUGUUGCUUCACCACCAAUAAAUAAGGAAAUUCCUGCUGGCAUCCAUGGAAAUCUUACAAACAAUUACUAUAGGGCAGAUGGGCAGAACUGUGGGAAUUUUAUCACGGAUCGGCCAUCCACCAAAGUUCAUGCUGCACCUGGUGGUGGAUCUUCCCUUGGUUACCUUUUUGGAGGGACUGGGAACUAAUUUGUGUAUUCCCUGAGAAUGUCUUAUUUGUUUAGUGCUAGCACAUAUAAUUCUAGGAGAAGUAUAUAUAUAUGUAUGUAUCUUGGAAAUUCUGGACAAAUCCUUGUGCAAUGUGAAGUAUUGAUGUGAAAUGUUGUCCUGAGGAACAGCUAUGUCACCGAGACUUCUGGCGAGUGGAUGUUAUUGACAAAGAAAGUGCAUAAUGCACAAUCCAUUCUACAA